UUUCCUUUUAUUCACCCCCAACAAAUCGCUCAGUUCCACUUACCAAUCUCCUCUCCUUAAACCGGUCGAAUCUCGAUCCGACUUUGUGCGUGCUCUCUUCGUUUCACAACCCAAGUCUCAAAUUACAUUCUGUCCAUGGCUGGACCUGGUAGUUCGAUGCUGUAUUCUUUUCUUCUGUUCAUCGCAACACUCUCUUUGCAAGAAGUGUAUAGAGGGAAAUUAGCAUCUUCAGAAUUGUAUACCAUUCUUGGAGGGUUCACUAGUUCUCUCAUCUUCAUUUUGCUGCUAACGUUCAUUGGAAACUAUCAAGAAACAUGUGGUGUAAGGAGUGGAUGGGGUGCUGUUAUACUUGCAGAGGUAGUUGCUCUUAUUGCUGCUAGCACUGUUCAUCGAGUCUGCAUCACGACAUGCUUCUUGUUCUCAGCCGCAUUGCUUUAUGAGGUGAACAAACUCUCAGGGUUGAUGGUCUCUAGAAGUGAAUCUAGAGGCAAAAGGUACUAAUGUAAUUUUUGGCCUCCAAGACCUGGAUGGUUGGAGCCAUUUGCUUACGGUUGCACUUUUCAUAGUUAUUAUGUUAUAAGAAGUGAGACAAAUUAUACGAGAACUUGCAGAAUAAUACUUUAAACGAAAUCAUGAGGAUUUUCUAUUCACUGCAAUCUUGGUAAUUUGUAGGUUUACUGGACUUGAUUAUUUUAGUAGUUUUGUUGAGCAACUUAAAAGUUGACAUGA